AUGGCGACCGCAGCAACUUCACACUUCGGCGCUGGAGGAGGAUCCGCCACCCAGUACUUGACGGCUAAACCGAACAAGAUCAGUUCUAAGGUGAUCCUGGCCGAAUUGCGAAAGGUGUAUUCGAGUUUGUGUCCGAGGGGCUGCUCCACACUCCCCGUACCUGCCUUCAAGGGUUACCUAUCCGACACGCAAAAGGUUGCUAUCUAUGAUGACUAUUCCGGGAAUGAGGAGGACGCGAAGGAAACCGGGGUCCAUAGAUGGGUGCAUAAGGUCUUUGGGCACUCUUCUCAGGCCGUGUCUGCCGAGAAGCUUCUGAGUGAUGAUCAGGAUAUUACGUUCGAUGAGUUUGUGUCCUAUCAUGCUACUCCCACGAAUUCGGCUUUGGCAUUGCCGGAUCCGAGGAGGAAGGAUUGGAGUAGGCCUUUGAAUGAGUAUUUCAUCUCCAGCUCCCACAAUACCUACCUUACCGGUCAUCAACUUUACGGGUCUUCCACCACCGAGGGGUACAUCAAUGUUCUGCGUCGGGGGUGCCGGUGCAUUGAGAUUGAUGUUUGGGAUGGGGAUGAUGGGGAGCCGGAGGUGUUCCAUGGGUAUACACUUACCAAGGAGAUUUCCUUUAGAGAUGUUUGCAGGGCUGUUGCGAAGCAUGCCUUCUCCGAGGGAGGUAACUUUUGGCAGGGAGGUGCUGGAGAAGGGCCUGUAAUCAUCAGUUUGGAAUGCCAUGCGGGGCCUGAACAGCAGGGGAGGAUUGUAAAAAUCAUGAGGGAGCAGUGGGGCGAUAUGCUUGUUCAGGGCAUUGAGCCUGAGGAUGUGGAAAACCUCCCGAGCCCGCUGGAGUUGAGAAGGAAGAUUAUCGUCAAGGCACGCUUUGCUCCCUUAGCUGUAUCAACGUCAAACUAACUCUCCAGGCAAAAUAUCUCCCACCGCCACCAAAAGUCACACCUAUGGACGCAACCGCUCCAAGAGUCCCACCCCCGGCGGUCGCGGACUCUUCAUCCGAUUCAUCCGAUUCAUCCGAUUCCGAACUUGAGGAAAUGGCGAAAAAGGCCAACAAGCAGAAGCCCCCGAAGGCAAAAGUUACCCGAGCACUAGCAGCACUUGGGAUAUACUGUUCAUCUCACCAUUUCCCAUCUCACGCGGCUCAACCCUUCACCGAAGAACCCACCUCCAGGAUCCCAAAUCACGUCUACAGCUUUUCCGAAAAAGUCUUUGCAAACCUCCACGCCCAGCACGCAGAGUCAAUUUUCCAUCACAACAAAAGCUACCUGAUGCGAGUCUACCCCUUCGGCCUCCGUUUUUCGUCCUCAAACGCAGACCCUACCGAAUUCUGGCAACGUGGAGUCCAGCUCGUAGCACUCAAUUGGCAGAAGUGCGAUGAAGGAAUGAUGCUGAAUGAGGGUAUGUUUGCCGGGGAAGGCGGAUAUGUGCUAAAGCCCGAGAGCUAUCGUCCCGGUGGCAAGGGGAUCCAUGAGGACAAGAGGAACCUAGAUCUCACUAUUGAAGUCAUUGCUGCGGCCAACAUCCCAUUGCCUGAGAAGAGCGAUUCUCCAAAGAGGUUUGAACCGUACAUUAAGAUUGAAGUGCACACUGAGGCAGCUACCGGACUAAAGAGGAAGACCAAGGCUAAGCGGGGGAUUGAAUGCGCAUGGAAUGAGAAAUUGGAGUUUAAGGGUAUUUCAGGGAUAGUUGAGAAGUUGACUUUCGUCAGGUGGAUCCCCCACCCUCUUUUAGCUUUGCCGAUACUUACUCCGCGAUAAUAGGUUCAAAAUCCACGAUGAGGAGUUCGGAAGGGAUGAUCUAGCAGCGUGGGCCUGUAUCCGCCUCGAUAGACUGCAGGAGGGGUAUCGCUUUGUGAACCUUAUCAACAACGAAGGUGAACCCUCCGAUGGGCUUAUCCUGGUCAAUAUCUCCAAACGGGUUUAUUAGUGUAGUAGAGUAGAGCCGGCUUUUGCUCUUCUCUGGGUUGCUUAUAAAGCACGGGGCGAGGCCACCAUAUUAUCCUGCGAGUGAGCAGUUAUGAAAACCAAAUUCCCUCUUCCCUCUUUUCUUUCGUUCAUUGCUAGGAUGUGAGAGUACUGUAUCGUUUUGGGAUUAGCUAUGGCACUCCGGAUUGUCAAUUGUAUAGUAGAUUGACAAGAAACUUGGGCCGUUGGCUACUUUACACCGAGAACAGCCGCUUGCAGAGACUCACAGCUCGCCGCUGCC